CCUGUUUUUAUCAUGUGAUGUUCAACAGCUGCGCUAUGGCGGAAGUAGAGGAGCUGGGACGAAAAUCUAGUGACGAGUCCUCAGAUGAUUCAGAGGAAGAAGAAAAUGAAGAGGAACCUAAGCUGAAGUAUGAGCGCUUGACCAAUGGUGUCACUGAGAUACUGCAAAAGGAUGCAGCCAGUUGCAUGACUGUCCAUGACAAGUUCUUGGCUCUGGGCACACAUUUUGGCAAGGUGUUUCUGCUGGAUAUACAGGGAAAUGUAACCCAGAAGUUUGACAUUAGCCCGGUGAAAAUAAAUCAGAUCAGCUUGGAUGAUAGCGGGGAGCAUGUGGGAAUUUGCUCAGAAGAUGGCAAGGUUCAGGUAUUUGGGUUGUACACCAGAGAAGGCUUUCAUGAAAAUUUUGACUGCCCCAUUAAGAUAGUUGCGCUCCAUCCGCAGUUUGGAAGAUCAAGCAGCAAGCAGUUUGUCACAGGAGGCAGCAAGCUUCAACUGUAUGAAAGAAACUGGCUGAACAGAUGGAAGACCCUCACUCUGCAUGAAGGAGAAGGGACUAUUACCAACAUCAAGUGGAGGGCCAACCUGAUUGCAUGGGCAAACAGCGUGGGUGUGAAGAUUUAUGACAUCAGCACAAGACAACGAAUAAGCAAUGUGCUACGGGACAAUGCCAGCCUUCGCCCCGAUAUGUACCCAUGCAGCCUUUGCUGGAAGGAUAACACCACCCUUGUUAUUGGCUGGGGAACCUCUGUGAAGAUUUGUGCAGUGAAAGAACGGGACCCAACAGAAGUGAGAGAUUUGCCCAGUCGCUACGUGGAAAUCGUGUCUGCAUUUGAUACCGAGUUCUACAUCAGUGGACUGGGACCCCUCGGAGAUCAGCUGGUGGUCCUGUAUUACGUGAAGGAGAUUUCUGAUGAGAUGCAGGACAAGGAGUUCCGCGCCAGGCCACGACUGGACAUCAUCCAGCCUCUUCCUGAGGCCUGUGAGGAGAUCUCCUCUGAUGCCCUGACUGUGAGGCACUUCCAGGAAAACGAGUGCCGGGACUAUGGACUAGAGCAUUCAGAAGGGGAAUCCCUGUUCUACAUCAUUAGUCCUAAAGAUAUUGUUGUUGCCAAAGAACGGGACCAAGAUGAUCAUAUCGACUGGCUGCUUGACAAAAAGAAAUAUGAAGAAGCUUUGAUGGCAGCUGAGAUAAGCUUCAAAAAUAUAAAACGCCAUGAAGUGCAGAAAAUUGGCAUUGCCUACAUCAAUCAUUUAGUUGAGAAAGGAGAGUACGAUGUAGCAGCAAGAAAAUGUCAAAAGGUGCUUGGCAAAAACAUGGAACUCUGGGAAAAUGAAGUGUACAGAUUCAAGACAAUAGGGCAGCUUAAAGCGAUUAGCCAGUAUUUGCCCAGAGGAGAUCUACGACUGAGGCCUGCCAUCUAUGAAAUGAUCCUCCACGAGUUUUUGAAGAGUGACUUUGAGGGGUUUGCCACACUGAUACGGGAAUGGCCUGGCGAUCUGUACAACAAUAUGACGGUUGUACAGGCUGUACGAGACCACCUGAAGAAAGAUCCAAACAAUGAGACAUUGCUAACAACCUUAGCAGAACUCUAUACCUAUGACCAGCGUUAUGACAAGGCUCUCGAGAUCUACCUGCAGCUGAGGCACAAAGACGUCUACCAGCUGAUACAUAAACACAAUCUUUUCUCCUCCAUCGACGACAAAAUCGUUUUGCUGAUGGACUUUGAUAAAGAGAAAGCUGUCGAUAUGCUGCUGGACAAUGAAGAUAAAAUCUCAAUUGACAGAGUUGUAGAGGAACUAAAAGAUCGUCCUGAAUUGCUGCAUGUGUACCUGCAUAAGCUGUUCAAGCGAGACCACCACAAAGGACAGAAGUACCAUGAAAAACAAAUCAGCCUGUAUGCAGAGUAUGAUCGACCAAACCUGCUGCCGUUCCUGAGAGACAGUACCCACUGUCCUUUAGAAAAGGCCCUUGAGAUUUGCCAGCAGAGGAACUUUGUGGAGGAGACAGUGUUUUUGCUGAGCAGGAUGGGUAACAGCCGAAGGGCCUUGCAGAUGAUAAUGGAAGAGCUGCAUGACGUGGACAAGGCGAUCGAGUUUGCAAAAGAACAGGAUGAUGCUGAGCUUUGGGAAGACCUGAUCUCCUAUUCCAUCGACAAGCCUCCAUUUAUCACAGGCCUGCUAAACAACAUUGGGACUCACGUUGAUCCAAUCCUCCUUAUCCACCGCAUCAAAGAAGGCAUGGAGAUCCCCAACCUGAGGGAUUCGCUGGUGAAGAUUCUACAGGACUACAACCUACAGAUUCUGCUGCGAGAGGGCUGUAAGAAAAUCCUGGUGGCAGACUCCUUGUCUUUGCUAAAGAAGAUGCAGAGAACGCAGAUGAGAGGGGUCCGAGUCGAUGAAGAGAAUAUUUGUGAGGCAUGCCAUGCUCCGAUACUACCAUCAGAUACUGCCAAGGUCUUCAAUGCUGUGGUAUUCCACUGCAGACACAUGUUUCACAAAGACUGCCUGCCUUCCCCCAGCACUAUUCCUUCUGUUCAGUUCUGCAACAUCUGCAGUGCUAAACGCAGAGGGCCUGGCAGUGCAAUCAUGGAGAUUUGAAAAAUAAAACCCAUACAGCCUUCUUUAAACGUGGCUUAGUUUUGCAUCCAUACUGUUAUUACAGCUGGAGUGGAAACAAAGAUAUGGCUCAUGCACUCAUUGUGUAAUGUUAUUGGCUCUAUAUAUGGCUUAAGAUACAAAUAAAACUAAAUUAAUCAGUAAUAAUCUUUAUCUUGUAAUAGAAAAUAUGAUUUAGUGAUUAUACGGUUGUAAGUUAAUAGCAAAAUCCCAAAGAAAGCGGGUAAUGUUAGCUCUGAGCCCUAUCUGUCGUUUCUACAUUAUAUAUA